GUUUUCGAAGAUCAAAGCAUUCCUCUCAGUAUUUUUCGUUCCCUCAAAGCAUACACACCCAAUACCCAAGCAUCUUACAUACGACCCCAACAAACACAAAAUGAGAAUCACCUCCCCCAAAAGCGGCGACAAGAUCAACCUCAAGGAGGACUGGCAAGUCUCCUGGGAAGAUGUCCAGCCAUCCGAUGGCCACGAGAUAAGCCUCUGGCUAACCCACUACACCACAGACCCCGCGCAGCACACCCUCCUAGACCUGGGCGUGGACCCUACCCAGCAGAGCUGUGUGACUAUUCCUGGAAAGCACAGGCAUGGAAUUGAUGGCGGCGACCAUUAUAGAGUGUGGGCCACCAGGCCUGAUCUCAAGUCGUGGCCGCCGAGUAUUCUCGCCGAGUCGGCUAACUUCCAUGUUGAUAAUCCUGUGAAAAAAGGGAAAUGAGUCUUGUUCUGUAGGUAUCUUGAUCUGGGCGCAUGAUGAACUGGGAUGGGGGGAGUGGGAUUGGGAAACUGGGGAAGUGUUUCUGUACGCUUCGGCGACCCUCGCAUGUAUGUGGCAUGGGCCAAGUUGGAACGUGUAUCUAGGCUUGGUGUUUUAGAUGGAGAAUUUGACACGGAACGCGCAGUGAA